UAUUUAAAAAACCAUAAAGUUAUUAUAGUUUUUUUUUUUAUUUUUGAAGUUUCAUAUUGUCUUGAUUAUGGUAAUCCAAUACCUUUAACCAGGACAUUGGGACAAUCUUUAGCUAGAGUAACACAAUUGGAAUGCGAAGCAAUAGAUAAAAAAUUUGGUUAUUUCGAGACAUGUGGCUCUAAAUUGUCGAGUAAUGGCAUCAAGGAAUUCAAUAUGAUUCUAAGACUUUUACAGCUGCCAGUCACAAAUUGUCACAUACAAUUGGAGGUAAAUGUUUUAUCGUACAUUAAGAUACCCCUAACAUUUAACGCCACCUAUGAUGUUUGUAAAUUUAUGGAAAAUAAUAGCAAAAAUCGAAUUUUAAAUCGACUCUAUAAGGCGAUAGGGCGUUUUCUUAAUACAAAUCAUACUUGUCCUUAUAAUCAUGACCUUUAUUUAUCGGGCUUAAAGGAGAUUCCUAUUCCUUUAAGACUUCCUUGGCCCAAAGCUGAAUAUGAGUUUAUAACAACAUGGUUAGUUGAUAAUAUAAAACGAGUAAGAGUAAUUCUUAAUUUGGAAUUACUUAAUUCACCGAAGUAA